AUAGUGAAAGGUCAAAAUCGUCAGUCCGUUCACUUCAAUUUCAUCAUCGCUGUUCUCUCUCAUCUUCCUCCUGCAUUUCCUUCUUUUUCUUCAAUCCUCUGUAAAAUUUCUUUCGAUCUACCAAACCCAAUUGUUGUACCAGAAUUUUUGUUAACAGAAGAGGAGAUGAAAGAGAGUACUGGUAAUGGGCCGUUGAUUUUGGACAUAGAAGAUUUCAAGGGGGAUUUUUCGUUUGACGGGUUGUUUGGUAAUUUGGUGAAUGAGUUGUUACCAUCUUAUCAAGAUGAUGACACGGAUGCGCAUCAUGAUGGACAUGGUAAUAUUGGUGCCAACGAUGUAUUGCCAAAUGGGACAUUGCGGAUUUCAUCAGAGGCUACCAAGGUAGCACAAGGGCUCUCCAUGCCUUUGUUUCCGGAAGUAGAUUCUCUAUUGACACUCUUCAAGGAUUCUUGCAAGGAGUUAAUUGAUCUCCGUCAGCAGGUUGAUGGAAGGCUCAGCAGUCUUAGAAAGGAGGUCUCUCAACAGGAUGCUAAACAUCGAAAAACACUUGCUGAGCUGGAAAAAGGUGUAGAUGGGCUUUUUGAUAGCUUUGCAAGGUUAGAUUCGCGCAUCUCAAGCGUUGGACAGACUGCAGCUAAAAUUGGAGAUCAUCUACAGAGUGCAGAUGCUCAGCGAGAAACUGCAAGUCAAACAAUUGAUUUGAUAAAGUAUCUGAUGGAGUUCAACAGCACUCCUGGAGAUCUUAUGGAACUUUCACCUCUGUUUUCUGAUGAUAGCCGUGUUGCUGAGGCAGCUUCAAUUGCGCAGAAGCUACGGCAAUUUGCCGAAGAAGAUAUAGGAAGACAAGGGAUAGGAGUGCAAUCAACUACAGGUAACGCGACGGCCAGUAGAGGACUGGAAGUCGCUGUUGCUAAUCUCCAGGAGUAUUGUAAUGAAUUGGAGAAUAGAUUAUUACAAAGAUUUGAUACUGCAUCUCAGAGAAGGGAGCUAUCAACCAUGGCUGAAUGCGCAAAAAUAUUGUCCCAGUUUAACCGGGGAAGCAGUGCCAUGCAACAUUACGUGGCAACGCGUCCAAUGUUUAUUGAUGUGGAGAUCAUGAAUGCAGACAACAGAUUGGUUCUUGGUGAGCAGGGUUCACAAGCCAAUCCUAGUAAUGUUGCUCGUGGACUUUCCUCAUUAUACAAGGAGAUAGCAGAUACUGUAAGAAAAGAAUCUGCUACGAUAAUGGCUGUAUUUCCUUCCCCAAAUGAAGUUAUGGCAAUCCUUGUUCAGAGAGUUUUGGAACAAAGAGUCACGGCCCUUUUGGACAAGCUGUUGCAAAAGCCAUCUCUUCUCCAUCCACCUCCAUUGGAAGAGGGUGGGCUAUUAGUAUACCUCAGAAUGUUAGCUGUGGCAUAUGAGAAAACACAGGAACUUGCAAGGGACCUUCGUGCAGUGGGCUGUGGAGAUUUGGAUGUUGAAGGUCUAACGGAAUCUUUGUUUUCUGCACACAAGGAGGAUUACCAUGAACAUGAACAGGCCUCUCUUAGACAACUAUACCAAGCAAAGAUGGAAGAAUUGCGUGCUGAAAGUCUUGCUGAGUUAGGUGGCAGUGGGAGUAUUGGACGAUCUAAAGGAGCUUCUAUAGCAUCUAAUCACCAACAAAUAUCUGUUGCUGUGGUGACAGAAUUGGUACGUUGGAAUGAGGAAGCGGUGUCCAGGUGCAAUAUAUUUUCUUCACAGCCAUCUGUUCUUGCAGCAAAUGUAAGGGCGGUGUUCACAUGUGUCUUGGACCAAGUCAGCCAGUACUUGACUGAAGGCCUUGAAAGGGCUAGGGAAGGCUUGACAGAGGCUGCAGCUCUACGGGAAAGAUUUGUUUUGGGAACAAAUAUCAGCAGAAGAGUGGCCGCUGCUGCUGCUUCCGCUGCAGAAGCAGCUGCAGCCGCUGGUGAAAGCAGCUUCAGAUCUUUCAUGGUUGCUGUACAGCGUUGUGCAAGUAGUGUGGCUUUAGUCCAGCAAUAUUUUGCGAAUUCUAUAUCCCGGCUUUUACUGCCUGUUGAUGGGGCACAUGCUGCGUCAUGUGAGGAAAUGGCUACAGCGAUGUCUAAAGCAGAAUCUGCAGCCCAUAAAGGACUACAGCAAUGCAUUGACACUGUGAUGGCUGAGGUAGAAAGAUUGUUGUCAGCUGAGCAGAAGGCAACUGAUUACCGCUCACCAGAUGAUGGAAUUAUUCCUGAUCAUAGGGCUACUAGUGCAUGUACUAGAGUUGUUACAUAUCUCUCCCGUGUCCUGGAGUCUGCUUUCACUGCUCUAGAGGGUCUUAACAAGCAGGCGUUUCUUACUGAAAUGGGAAACCGCUUGCAUAAGUUGCUGCUCAGUCACUGGCAGAAGUUCACUUUCAAUCCCAGUGGGGGGUUACGACUGAAACGUGACAUAACAGAAUAUGGAGAAUUUGUGCGCAGCUUCAAUGCUCCUUCUAUCGACGAGAAAUUUGAAGUGUUGGGAAUCUUGGCCAAUGUCUUCAUUGUUGCUCCUGAAAGUCUGUCUACUCUGUUUGAGGGAUCACCAAGUAUCCGCAAAGACGCCCAAAGAUUUAUUCAGCUUCGAGAUGACUACAAGUCUGCCAAACUUGCGGCAAAACUCAGCUCAUUGUGGCCAAGUCUUGGUUGAUUUGAGGUUGCUAUUUCGAGUGAAAGGUUCAAUCUACUUCCCAGUUCGUCUAUGGAGAAGCUGUAAUUAUAUUAUAGCUUUUGCCAGCAUGCUUGAGCUACGUUGCUUUGAUCUGGGCAUCACGGCCAUCUGGUACGAGUAAAACUGUUUCUUCCUGUCGAAGUUUAUGGAAGUCUGAAGUUUCAGCUGCAUGUUGGAGUUGUAUAGAAGUUGACAGUUCUUUUUUCCAGCAUGUAUUUUAGUUCUUUAUUCUUUUGCUGGCUGUUAGAUUUGUACAUUUAGGUAAAUCUGGUUAGAUCUCAUAAUGAUUUUUGUUUAUGUUCUAGUAUUAGACCCUUUUCUUCGGCUUGUGCGACAAACAGAAGAUUGGUUUUCCUUCAAUUAAUUAUUUGAUUUGUUUUUUAUGCUA